AGCGACUCAAAGUGAUUUAAAAUAAUUGUUAAAAUAGUUAUCAAACUUCGCUGAAUAUAUUAUGUGGUUAAUACGUAUGCUUGCUAACUUAAGCCACAGCUGUUGGUAUCAUCUCUUUGCUUGAUAUCGUUCAUAGCGGACGUAGAGAGGAAAACUGAGCCACACCCUACAACAUUGUGCAUCCAGCUGCAGCAGUCGGCAUGGCGUCCUUGGCGCUCGGGGUAACCCCUCGAUUCGUUCAAACAUUGCGUCUACUUCCUAAAUUCCUUCCGCCCGGCACCUUCUGUUUCCAAUCUCGGAAUGUGCACGUCACCGCCUUUCUACUCGGCGUCAAGGGCACGGAACUACGGAUGCCGUCGCUUUCGCCCACCAUGACCGAAGGCACCAUCAUCAAGUGGCUGAAGAACGAAGGGGACCCAAUUCAGCCAGGGGACGUCCUCUGUGAGAUUCAGACCGACAAGGCCGUCGUCGCCUUCGAGAUCGAAGACCCCGGCACGCUCGCUAAGAUACUGAAGGAUGAAAGCUCGGGCGCACUGUCCGUCAACACGCUCAUCGGCAUUAUGGUCGAGGAAGGCGAAGAUUGGAAGGACGUUGAUGUGCCGACUUCGAACGAGGCUCCGACCGCUGCGCCGGCCUCUGGGGUGACCGCCGCCGCCCCUGCGAAGGGAACCGCAGCAGUACCGGAGAAAGCCGCAACAUCGGCAGCUAAACGAAUUCUGGUAGGUCCAGCUGUCAAACACCUUCUCGAUGCUUACGGCCUUAAGCCUCAAGACGUUCCGGCUAGUGGUCCGCACAACGUUCUCCUGAAGGCGGACGUUAUCGAGUUUGUGCAGACAAAAGGCGUCAAGAAGUCUUCCGCGCCUGCCUCGGCACCUCUUCCGGCUGCGUCGAAGCCGGCCCCGCUGCAGGGCCCCAUAGCCGCCGAAGAGAACGAGUACGAGGACGUCCCUUUGACCAACAUGCGACGCGCCAUCGCCAAGCGGCUAACACUGUCCAAAACGACCAUCCCUCACAGCUACAUGACGGUCGUGUGCCACAUCGACGAGACGCUGAAGACGCGCAAAAAGUACGCCGCCGACGGCGUCAAGGUGUCCGUGAACGAUUUUAUUAUCAAGGCGGUCGCGAUGGCCCUCGGGCGCGUGCCCGCCAUGAACGCGGUCUUGCAGAAGGACGACAGCGUCCAGAUGAACUCCUCGGUGGAUAUCUCCGUGGCGGUGGCCACCGCUUCGGGCCUCAUCACGCCCAUGGUCAAGGACGCGGACGGGCUUGGCAUCGACGAGAUCGCCAGCACUGUCCGGGAGCUGGCCGAACGGGCCCGGCAAGGGAAGCUGAAGCCGCACGAAUUCGAGGGUGGCUGCUUCUCGAUUUCGAACCUGGGCAUGUUCGGGAUCUCCGAAUUCAGCGCAGUCAUAAACCCGCCCCAGGCCGCCAUCAUGGCAAUUGGCGGCUCCAAGGCGGUACCUGGACCGGACGGAAGACCGCGGCAAGCCAUGGCGGCAACGCUGUCCUACGACGCCAGGGUGGUCACCGACGAGAGCGUCGCCGAGUUCUUAAAGGCCUUUAAGGAGCACCUGGAACAGCCACUGAACAUGCUUGGGUUGCCCGUGGCACGGCAUACGGAAGCUCAGGGAUCGUAGGAAUUGUGCGGUGUUGUCAUAGUUAAUUAAACUUGUAGAUAUUAGCGAUACCUAAAAGCCGAAAACAUGCUCAUUUAGCCAAUGCUCUUGUCUUGGCAGCAGUGUACUUCACGGGUUUUUGCUCUCGAUAUGGCAUAGUAUUUAUUGUAGAGGUAUAAUUUGACGGUGCUGAUAGUCGUUACUUCCUGCCUAUAAUGGUUCUGAAGAUGUCUCGAGACAUUGGAAUCACGACUGUCUCAACUCCAUGUCAGCUGAAGAGCAUGUAAUAAAUGCCAUGUGUGCACAGGCAUGGCUUCUGGGUAAUGCUUCUAUAACACCUGUAGUAUACAUGUUUGCAAACACGGCAUCUGGCCGUCGCCAUAACUCUGCUUGCAUCCACGUGCCUGCAUUGACGAGCACCAGCCAGGGUGCCAUGCAUGGAAUUGCGUAUAGAAGCAUUUUCUAAAAGCUUAAGCUCAGGCUGUCAUGUACUGCAAGUAAGGGCAAUUAAUUAAUUUAAAAAAAAUCAUGGUUCCAGAAUAUUUUGCAUGAAAAUAUAUAUGGCUUAUGUGACAUCAUUGCACCAUACUGGUGGACGUUUUUACUUUUUCUUACCAAGAAUAAAGCUGGUGCAAAUCGCAAGUUCCGCA